GUAGGCUAACUUAUUAUAUUUAAUUAUUAUUAAUUCAGCCUUCCACUAGCAUAAAAUGGCAUAAAUCAUACAUAGAAUGAUAGACAAUGUCUGUUUACACUUGGGGACUUGGUAAAAAUGGCCAGCUUGGUACUGGAAAAGCUGAGACUUCACAUACACCACAGCUCUUAACAAAAGCAUUUGCUGAACAUCCUCUUCAUUUAGUUCAUCAAAUCAGCUGUGGUGCUCUGUUUACAGCUAUUGUAACAAAAAAUGGAAAUUUAUAUACUUGUGGAUGUGGAAAAUUUGGUCGCCUUGGACUUGAAAGUAAAGAAGAGGACACGCUAAUGUUUACUGCUGUAAACCUGGCCGGAAAGUUAGGAAAAGUUAAUCAGGUGUCCUGUGGAUCUUGGCAUGCAUCAGCUGUGACAGAAUCUGGUCAGAUUUUCAUCUGAGGCCAUAAGAAAGCUGCUGGGAAUGCUAUUGGUACCAGUACAUCUGAUGGUUCCUUGUCAGGGCUGCCACGCCUCGUGUCAUUUACAGCUGAACUUAUAAUUGCUGGUGUGCCUUGUGGACAUAACUAUACCUAUGCCUGGACUGUGGAUGGUCAAGUGUUUUCUUGGGGAAGUGGACAUUGUGGAGUGCUAG